GCCAAAAUGUCCUCCGCUUUGCCUCCCUCUCCUCCGUACCAGGAUUCUGACAAGAGCCCGCCGCCGCCGCUGCUCAGCUGUGAAUGGGCGGACUGCUCGCUGUCGUUCCCCGACCCAGAGGCCCUCUACAGCCAUCUCUGCAACGACCACAUCGGCCGAAAGAGCACCAACAACCUCUGUCUCACCUGCAGGUGGAAGGACUGCUCCACCACCUGUGCCAAACGAGACCACAUCACCUCCCAUCUUCGUGUCCACACCCCGCUCAAGCCUCAUAUCUGCGAGGUCUGCAAAAAGUCUUUCAAACGCCCCCAAGACUUGAAAAAGCACGAAAAGAUUCACACCGAAGAGCAUCAUGUUCAACACAAACAUUCCAAAGCCAUCACUGUCGUCGACCCUCUCUACGUCUCGAGAGUCAGAGGCCAACAUCAGCACCAGCACCAGCACCAACACCAGCACCAGCACCAGCAGCUCAAAGUCCCUGCCAGAGCCACAUCCCACUCUUCCUCCAGUUCAGAUUCCUCCCAUUUCGUCCUUCCAACGCCCUCUCCUGAACUCACUCCUGCUCAUUUCAACCCUGCUCUUCCCACCUGGCAGGUCCUCGAUGCUUCAACUCAUCAUCAGCAGCAGGGUAUCAAGCGUGUUUACGACCACUCUUCCGACUACAAUGUCGACGAUUUCUUUUCAGACAUGAAAAAGCGUCGAUUCAAUCCUGCCUACGAUUCUCCCAUGGCUCAGCGUCUCAACACCCUUGCCUAUCCCAACUCCAAUUUCAAUCCCCGCUCUGUUUCCCUCGACAUACGGUCACCCGAAGAACUGGCUGCUGUAAACCAAUUCCUCGUCACCUUGGGCCGUGACGUUUCAGGUACUGUUCGUACCACCCAUCCGCACCCCCAACAUCACCACCACCAUCACCACCACCCUACCACCCCAGACUACUUUGAUCCUGUCAGUCUCAGUCAAAUGGGUUUGGCUGGUAUGCCUGGCAUCCCCACACCCGAAUCAGACUUUUCUCACCAAGCCUACUUUUCUCCUCCUCCUCCACCGCCACCUCAACAAGCACAACACCAGCAUCAACGAACGUCGUCCUAUCCUUCCAACAGCCCUAUCUAUCCACCCAUCCAGCAACAUCAUCGUCCUUCUCCACCUUUCGACGAGUUCGAUUACCUUCGUCCGAGUAGACAAUCUCAACCUCAGGUUAUCGGACUCAGUCCACCGGAUUAUGGGACGAAACAACUGAGAACGAUCGUGCCUCUCAAGUCUAUGGGUCUACCUCCGGUUACUGUUGUCAGCGGCGGCAGUCCCAGGAGAAUCACGCCUGUGCCUACGACGGCAAGCACGGUGUCCAAGACGAGUUCACUCUAUCCUUUACUGAACGACGAGGACGAGGACGUGAGGCUUCCGCCUUUACGGAUGAGAGAUAUUCCUUCGCCCCCAUCAUCAUCCUCGUCAUCAUCCUCAUCCUCAUCUGAUAGCGGGUCAUCAUCCCCUUCUCCUGAACCGGAAGAAGUUCGGUCCGAGAGGGCGAGACAUGUCGAAUUGAUUUGGGAAUUGCUGAUGGAAGUGAAUGAGAGAUACAAGAGAAGACGAGAAGAAGAUGUUAAUAUGGACUAGGGCUUUGUCAUCCAUGUAUGUAUGUACCUGUACUACUUUCGCAUUCAAGUGCUUGGCACGUUUGUUUCUCCAGAGUACACGGAUCUAAGCUAAAAAGAGGAAUGUAGGGCGGCUUGGCGCGUGACUGGAUCUUGGCGCCCCGCCCCUCGUCACCGGACCUCCUAUGCAGGAACAUGUUUAAUCCGCGCGAGUCGUCCCUCCACCGAGUAUCGACCUCCCUAUUCCUUAAUUUCCCCACAGGCAGGGGCCGUACGCAGUGUUGAGCAAGUCACUGGCGGACAGUAGCCGGAGUCAUGUGUAGCCGCCAAGCUACUGGCGGACACGUUUUGUAGCUGCUGUCACUCGGCUAUCAUAUAUCAGGGCCUCCUCUCGUAUUUACUGCAUCUACAUGUAACUACAGUCUCUAUUGGAAUAUAGCGUCC